CACACAUGCCUUUCCUAUUCCAUUCCAUUCCUUUAACCUACACAUCCCACAACAAAGACAAUUUUCGAUACCUGAAAUUUCUACACGAAAUUUUUUGAACAUGGCCGGAGAAACAGAGCAGUUAACGUUCCUUUGUGAACUUGAAAACAUUGGAGGUGGCGAGUUCAAGUCGAGUUACUGCCUAAAUGAUAAACCUAUUCUGCCUCCAGUGAUGAAUGACUGGAAGAGACUAGAAAUGAUGCGGCUGCGCCUGUGUGCCUUGACCAAGGAAGUGGUCCAGAAGAGGAACCAGAUUACACGUCCGGAACGGAAGGAUGCGUCUACAAAUACAAACACGCAACAAGGAUUUGCUCCACUGGUCAUAAUGGGUCGAUUCCGCCAAAAACUGGAGCAAUCGGAGACGAAGAUCUGUGAUCACACAGCCAACAUGGUCUUGCAGAUCUCUGCUCCGCUACCCAAGCCAAUUGGGAUGACUUCCCAGCUGGUGAUGGAGGAUGCUUCUCUGACUCCGCCGCAAAGGGCUGUUGUUAAGGUGACACCCGUGAAGUUGGCCACAGCAGAGAGUGGUUGGGUAACCAAGUUGGAUCCACCGAAGGCGGAGAACCCCAAGCCACGGGAGUUGUCCGUGGAACCACUUCAUCGGAGCACCACUAGUCCGGAUCUUGCGAAACUUCAUCACCAAAUGUGGCGAAGAGACCUGACGAAGAGACCCCUGCCACAGCUAACUUUGCUUAUAAAAAGUGACCUACAAAUUGGACAGCAAAUUGGGAAGCAGCCACCUAAUAAGCCUACGACAACCAGGAAUCCCAGUCGGAUCCCGAAACUGGUUGCCAUCCGCCAAGUGACCAACAAUGCCAGUGUCACCAAAACCCAAAGUGCUUACCAAGCCCGACGCAGCUGUGAUACCAAAGUGACUGCCAAGCGAACCAAUCAGGUGACCAAAGGCCAGGUUUUCGCAGUCAAACAGAAAGCGCCGCCUAAUACCACCCACCUGAAUGUGCCGAAAAGCAUCAGGACUCCGGUGCCGUCCUAUAAAAGACCAGGAUAUGUGCAGGACGAGCUGCAACUGCAGAGGAACCUCUUCAAGUCCUUGAUCCUUCGUCAGGCGGAGGAGAAUAAGCGUAUGCAAGCAAAAAUGCAACAGCAGCAGCAAGGUCUCAUCGCCACCAUGAUGAACGAUCUCAACCACGCCGUCGAGAUCUCGAAUGAUCUCUCCGUGGAUGGGUCAUUGCACCUGGACUCCAGCACCUCCAGCGAUCCCAGCCAGCAAUAGCCAGCAAUAGCCAACAAAACGCAGAUGCACUUUCAAAAUUGUUAAACGUUCAUCCGGGAACGGAGUAGGGCGAUAGUAGUGCGAAACUGGAACAGACGGGAAACAUAUUACUCAAUCCUCCGCCAAGAAUUUUCAAUACGUUGCCCUCUUUAAAGGAAAUUGAAAAUUCUUGAUUGGAGCAUUUGAAAUUGAAGCAAAUAUCAAAUUUUCAUUUCGCGCAAGAAAUUUAUUUUUCCGUUGGGCUGCGACAAAUUAGUUUGCAUAAUACUUUAUGUGGAUUAUCGAAGUCCAUGAUGUUCUCCGCCUUUUCAAUUGAAACACGAUGUUGCAAAAAAACAAGAAA